AUGGCUUUGAAUGUUUUAACGAUUGCAGCACCACCUGUAGCCGUACCUUUCCAAUGUUACACAGCACCACAUGUUGGAACAGGGCUCUUCCCACCCAGCACAAAGGUGUCCCAGCCCGUGUCCCUGCCGGCCCGGGCCCGUGUGACGGCCAAGGAAAAUAUCCAGGAGAUGAAGAAAGAGCUUGAUUCGGUUUUGCAAACAGCUGAGAAGGCGUUUGCGGUGGAGCUGCUGAAGAUGCCAGUUGCCAUCAGGAAAAUGAGAAGGAAAGACUUGCUCAGUUUGCAAGGAGGGGAGGAAGUGGCUCUUGCUGCUGCAGUGACUGACUGCUCUCUAGAAGACAUACCAAAUCCAAAACUGGUGAGGACCAACAGCAAAAAAGUUAAGGUAACUACAAUUGUUGAAUAUGGAGAUGCCAAGCACAUUUCUGCAAAGAAAAUAUCUAAAAAAGUUUCCAAAACAAAAUCAUUGGUUUCAUUAGCAUCUGGUUUAAGUACCAAACUGAACACUCUCUCUAGGUCUGGUCACUCUUAUGCAAGUGUGACUGAGGCCUUUAAAUCUCUUGCUUCUGAUUGCAGUGCCACAAAUUUCAAUGCCAAGCCAAAGUUAUCUAAAAGUGCUGGACUACAACAGACUGUCUCAAGAACUGUACCUACCACUGGAAGAGUUCAAGGCAAGUUACUCAGAAGUAAAUCAAUACCCCAGGAUAAAACUGUGCCAUUUGUAAACAUUCCCCUGGCUGAUGGACAGACACUCUGUAUGGCUGGUGGAGACCUCCAUAAUAUUGAUGUGCAACUACUAAAUCAAGAUACAGUACGGCAUAUUCAUAACUUAGUGAGUGAGCUGACUGUACUAUGUGGAAAGGCAACAGCUAAACCAAGUUAAUGGAACUGCCUUGUGACUAGAAUAUUCAUGACAGCUCUUACUUGCUGCCUCUUAAGUGUUUAAAGAAUAUCUACAAUCUUAAUAAAGCUGUAUAAUGAUCAAUGUUUUUAUACAAAAGCUU